GUUCAUGGGGUUUUCAUUGUCCUUUUUUUUCAGCGGUUUUCAUUGUAUCUUCUAAAAAACCGAUGGUGCGUGUAUUUACCAGCCUGUUUAACAGCAAUUUUCAUCUGGCCAUUGAUCAAGGCAAGGUAACAGGCCAGGGUCGAGGAGGUCCACAGUGUGAAUUCAGAAUCCAUGUUCAGUCUGACCGAACUGUUAUGUUGGAGGGAGUCAAAUUCCCCUUACAGUUUAUUACCCUGCAAGAAAAUGGCAAGCUGGGAGAUCCAAGGUCGGUCUUGGAUAAAGAUCCAGCCAAAAGAUUCCAUGUGUAUGUCAAGGGUGUUCUUCGACACAAAGGCAUAAUCAUGUUACGGACAUCCAACAUUCAAGCCAUCGGUGUUGACCACGACAAGUCUGUUUAUGCUACCGGACGCUGUAAUCGAGCAGCUCAUUUCCGAGUCCACAAAAGUAUGAUUUACCCAGGAUUCUAUCUCAGAUUUAAAGAUGGAAAGUUUGACUGUAAUGGAAGCAGAAAUGAGGAUGCCUACUUCCUGGUGGAGAAACACAAAUACAAAGGCUAUUUCACUCUGCAAUCGGACAAGAAACGGGGAACCUACAUGGGGUUCACAGCGCGGGGUGAGGUGGUUCCUACCAUUAACACUGGCACCAACAACAUCUAUAUCUUUCCAGAGGUUAUAGAAUUUGGCACACCAAAGAGUGAGUUGACAGAUGCCAAACUGACCCCAAUCUCUGAAAGGGCAAAUGGUGACUAUAGAGUACUAGUUACCACUGCUGAAAGUCUUGACCAGGGGCAAGUCAUUCUAGCAGUUUAUGGUGACAAGGGAACAACAGGACCUAUUGUUCUCUCUGGAUCAGACGAUAAUGGGCCUCGGUUUAAAGCAGGCAGUACAGAUGAAUUUAAGGAGAGGCUGGUAUUCGACUUUAAUUGCUGGCUGUCAAGAGAAUAUGGAGACAAAGAACUGGUGAAAGAGUUGCCAGUGAUGAAACCAUCUCGUGAGGAGGAGAGCUUGCCAGUUGUGAGUUACUUCAUCACUGUGUACACGGGCAAGGAUCCUGGUUCAGAGACUGAUGCCCAGAUUUACAUAACCAUGUUUGGAGAUUAUGGAGAUUCUGGCAAACGGGAGUUGAAAGUUUCUAACAGAGAACGCCCCUUCCGACAAGGACAGGCUGACACUUUUGAAAUUGAAGCCGUACAUCUGGGUAGUUUGAACAAGAUUCAGAUCGGCCAUAAUGAGACAAAGUCAAGUGAAGGCUGGUUCUGUGACAAGGUGGUGAUUAGAGAAGGCAAGACAGCAAAUAUGGAGUUUGUGUUUCCCUGUGGAAGAUGGUUUGACUCUGGAAUGGAAGACAGGAAGAUUGAACGAGUACUAAUGAUUCAAG